AUGGACGACGAUGAUUGUAAAUCCAUCACUACUAUCAACAAUAGCAGUACACGAUAUACACCAACACUGCCCUCGGAGCUGAUCCUGUUCAUGUUCAGGUUUUUGGCGGCAGCGCACGACCUUCGGUCCGCAAUCUUGGUCUGCAAACUGUGGUGUAGCUGUGGGAUGGAUCUCUUGUGGUCCAAGCCCGCCUUCUUGACCAUCCCCGUCGCGGAACGGAUGGCCCAGACGUUGUCGUUACCAAGCACCAUAUUCCCCUACGCCAACUACAUCCGUCGACUCAACCUAUCGUUUAUAGCACCGGAUGUGACCGAUUCAAUAUUGAUCCAGUUUGCGCCCUGUGUUCGUCUUGAGCGACUUCUUCUCGCAGGGGGCAACAAAACAACGAUGGUGGGGCUGCAGCAUGUACUCUCUGGAUGUCCAGGACUGUAUUCGCUCGACCUUUCUGAUAUUCCUGCAGUGACGGAUGCAUUGAUCGAGUAUGUGGCGGAAAAGUGCCCCCGACUGCACACACUCUAUAUUGGGUCCUGUUCUUCCCUUACCGACGACUCUAUUGUCAAGCUCGCCACAAGCUGUCCUCAACUCAAGCGGAUCAAGCUGAGCCAGUGUUCUCUGUUGACCGAUCGUGCAGUCCUUGCCUUGACUGAGCAUUGCCCUCACCUGAUCGAGAUCGAUCUGACCAACUGCAGCCUAAUGACUGAUACCGCCAUCCACUCUAUCUUUGAAUCCCUGCCCCAGAUCCGCGACAUCAACAUGACCCUCCUCUCCCACCUCACCAACGCUGCCUUUUCAUCCAUCAGUCCUAAGACUCACCGCUUCGAACAGCUUCGAGUCCUCAACCUUACCUCCUGUGCCAACAUCACCGACGAGACUCUUCUUAAAAUCAUUCCCGCUGCCCCACGAUUGCGAAGUCUGGCUCUCACAAAGUGCGACAAGAUCACCGACGCUGGCGCAAGUGCCAUCAAGACGCUGGGCAAGCACCUUCACUACCUCCAUCUAGGUCAUUGCGCAAAGAUCACGGAUCGACUUAUCGUGGGGCUCUCUCAAGUCUGCACCCGGAUCCGGUACCUGGAUUUGGCUUGCUGCACAAAAAUCACCGACACGUCCAUCUUUGCGCUGGCGCAACUCCCCAAGCUGCGUCGAAUUGGACUCGUCAAGUGCUCAAACAUCACCGACUAUGGUAUCUAUGCCAUGCUGGUCUCCCAGAUCCUGCCCCAGACUCUUGAACGUGUUCAUUUGUCGUAUUGUGUCAACCUCUCGGAUACCGCGAUUGCUUCCUUGGUCACCCAGUGCCGCAAAUUGACCCACCUGUCUCUCACUGGAGUCCCAGCCUUUACCUGGCCGCGUUAUCAGAUGUUCUGCCGAGCCCCACCACCCGAGUUUACGGCGCACCAGCGGGAAGUGUUUUGCGUGUUCUCGGGAAAGGGCGUUCGGGAUCUGAGAAAGUACAUGCACGAGAACGUGACGAUUGCAGCGGCGCCAGCCAACUUGGCCAACAUCCGGGCUAGUUACAGGAUGAUGAGCUCAGCAGUGUCGUCGAUGUUGGCCGAAUCAGAAGGAGUGGAAGGACCUGAACCUGCGGUAUCAUUACCGCCUUUCCCCGAAGGAUCGGCGCUUUGGGCGCAGAUGGGCGCAGCUGUUGAGGUGGCACCGAGCGAGCCUGCUAUGGUUAUGGACAUUGUGACACCAUUGUUGACGGAUGAGCAGGAAGGGGUUGAGGAGGGAGGACCUACGCCAUUAGCCUUGCAGGGCUUCCAAGAGCUGGACAACAUGAGUCAGAGUUCACAGGACGAUAUGGAAGGCGUCGUUAUGAGCGAACAGGAUCCCCUUCCAGGACCAGCAACAACAAUACUGGUGGUACAAUCAUCAUCGUCCUCAGAAUCGUCGGGCCUGCUGGUAUUUCGGAGCGGUGGAGGACAAAGCUCUGUGUUUCGGGAUGGUGUUAUACCGCCUGACGAUGACAAUGGAUUUCCUUCUCUUCAGCAUCCAAGUCAUAACCACCAUUGCCUUCAAGGUCAUCGAGAGCUGGAACUGGGCGGCAGAUCGAGCCUUAUGGAAUUGGAUGAUCCUGGACAGGAGACCAUCGGUGAUGACUGUUUGCGAGUAUCUAGUCCCGGCACAUUAGCUAGGUCGCUGAAUCGAGAGGGUGAGGGAAGUGGAGCAGGGAGCACUAGCCCUGCGGAAGAAGAGGAGGAAGAGGAUGGCGAUGAUGAUGACGACGACGACUUUUGA